AUGAGGGUUGCGGAGUUGGUUCAACAGCCCGGUCGUGACCAUCUUCCGUAUCUCACUCCGUAUCCACAUGGACGGGGUCAAACAUGGUUCAACCGAUCCGGGAACGGGAUCAGCGCAUGGAUCAACCGUAUGAUGUACUCGGCCCUCGACAGUGGACAUCCGACUUUCACUCACUUCCCAACCGACAAGCAGGUUCUGUGGUUUCGUCAGUUUGCGCAAGAGUUCAACUGGAAUUCCGAUGAGACGCUCUUUAUCUAUCACCACUUCGUCCAUAAAGUAAUGGACAACUAUGGGAAGCAGAUCCACGAGUGGAAGAAGAAGUGGGAAAUCAAUAAGGUCCCAAAGUCGAUGAACGAUACGGUCUGGAAGGAGUUGUGUGCGCAUUGGGAUAAGGAGGAGACGAAAGAAACUUCUUCCACCAACUCCACCAACCGCAGGAGCGACCGUAAAGGGAAGGGCAUCUACAAGCAUAACUUGGGUGCUCAAUCUAUUGCCACUCUCGGAGAUCGCAUGGCGGAAGAAAAUGAUGGCGAGCCGGUCGAUGAUCUCGCCCUAAUGAGGAGGGCGUAUACCAACAAGAAGACCGGCCAGAUUGAUGACGGUCUUGUGAGGGACGUGGUCGACCUGGUCCAAACUCAGGUGGUAGACGAAGUGUCUCAGCUUCAAACCGAGGAUGACGCUUCGACGGCUUCGACCAACUUGUCCCGGUUUCGAAUCAACGAAAUCGUUGAAUCCUCGGUUCCAAAGAAGAAGGGACGUUUGUUCGGUUUGGGUCGUCGCACCCGGUCGGUUCCUCCUUCUUCUGCACCACCGCCCUUUGUUGAUCCAGAAGUACUUACGGCUCAGUUGAAGGACAAAGAUGAUCGAAUAUCUUUGUUGGAGACCCAGAUGGCGGCUCAACAGGCGGGCUAUGAGGCACAGAGGAGGCUGAACCAGCAAAUGAUGGAGAUGAUGCAGAGGAUGUACCCGAACGAGGUGUUCCCGGACGUGCCAGACCCGGACAACUCCCUCGGAAAAUUCCGAGGAACGGAUCCCUCGGAAUAUACCGAGGGAACAGUUCCUCGGAAUAAACCGAGGAAAAAGUCCGUCGGUAUACUCCUAUCGAUCGAUGUAUAUAUGUCCAAACACGCAUCGAUCGAUGAACUUCCGAGGAAUUAUCCCGACGAAGUUCUACCUCGGUAUAUUCCGAGGACUUUUCCGACAAACAAGGGAUCCUCGGAAUUUCCUCGGAAAUUUAUUUCCUCGGAAUUCCGUCGGAAAAUUCCGAGGGAUUUCAGAGGAAAAAAGAAAUUCCGAGGAAUUAUUUCCGACGACGUAUUUCGUCGGAAUUGCGUCGGAAUAACGAUAUUCCGACGAAAUUCCGACGAUUUUUUCCCUCAGAAUCCUUGAUGUUUUCUUGUAGUGCUAUCAGAUCCAAGGGCUCGGAUCAUGUUCUAUAUAACCACAUCCAUUGAUAAAAGUGAAUCUAACGGACCAAAAUGCACUAAAGUAAAAAACACACUUUUUCUUCUAUCUCUUUCUUCCUUUCUCUCCUCUUAACUGUUCGUAUCCCCUAUCUCUCCAUCCGUCUUCGUGAAUCUAAACUGUCUCAACAACCAACACCAUCACACACCAUCACCUCCGACACCAUUAUCUCAAUCUCCACCUCCUCAUUCAUCACUUCUCUACCUGAUUACUCUUUUUAUUUAUUUUUUCUAUAAUCUCAGUGUUUUUUCUUUUUUCAGAUGCAGAUUAAAACAAGAAGAGGAUAUGAAACAGAUCGGGGGGGGGGGGGGGGGAGGAGGCAGAAGAAGCUUGACAGCAGAGGAGAUAGAAGAAGCUUGAUGGCGGUGGAGGCAUAAGAAGCCUGACGGCGGAGAAGGCGUGGCGAGCAUAUCGGUUCGUCGGUUCAGCCGUAACACCGGUGGCUCUACCACCAGCAGACUCAUCGCUUAACCCAUGGCAUCCAGAGCAGGUGGAGGUGUCGGUGUAAAAUCUGAUGGAGGUGUCGGUGGAGAAGCCGGUGGCGGAGCCGAUGGUGGAGCGGUGGAGGCGUUGAUAUAUAUAUAUAUAUAUGUAUGUAAUUUUCUGUAAAUAUAUGUAAUUAUGUAUAUUACAUAAUUUGUGUUUUCUGAAUUAAAUUACUAAAAAAUUUAUUUUUA